AUGCAUUACGAAAAGUACUUUGCCUUAGAAACCGCUCGCAAUUUAAUGAGCAGCAAUUCAAUUGAUGUGAAUUGUUUUCAUUGCUACACGACAUGCGAUUCUGAUGUCAUGAUGUUAAUUAAGGUGGUCAGUUCAUGUCAUCAAUUGGGAAUCAAUACAAUUGAGUAUCAGGUCUCAUGGGCACAUAUUUUAUUACUCGGUACUCAUGCACAUCAUAAUAACACAUUCAAUUGCAUUUCUUAUCAUCUUUUGUUUUACUUCCGUUCAUUUCUAAUAGAACAGAAAGAAUUUCAAUUUACUAUAAUUGAAAAUAUUACCUCGAAUAGCAAAGCCUUUGAAUUUAAUGCAUACGUGUUGAGCUUCAUCUGGAAAUAUAAGUUGCUUUGUAGUACGACGAACAUAAAACCGAAAGUAAUUGUACUAAAACCUCAUUCGGAUGAAUUUUCUGUUAGAUAA